GGCCUUACGUCAUUGGUCGGCGUCGGGAAACCUUCCAUUCUUCGCUGCUGAUCGCGGGAUUCCAUUUGGGUAGUUUUGACGUUGGUGGAUAGACUCGUAUCUGUGACCAGUGUCAGCCACCGCGGAUGGCAAGAGACCUAAUCGGACCGGCCCUGCCGCCCGGCUUCAAGGCCCGCGGAACAGCGGAGGACGAAGAGCGGGACCCCAGCCCUGUUGCAGGACCAGCUCUGCCCCCUAAUUAUAAAAGCAGUAGUUCAGAUUCAUCAGACAGCGAUGAAGACAGUAGUUCUUUGUACGAAGAAGGAAAUCAAGAAUCUGAAGAAGAUGACACUGGUCCAACUGCAAGAAAACAGAGGAAAAACCAGGAUAAGGAUGAUGAUGAUGAUGAUGAUGAUGAUGGGUUUUUUGGACCAGCCCUUCCUCCUGGAUUUAAAAAGCAGGAUGAUUCUCCUCCAAGGCCCAUAAUAGGUCCUGCGCUGCCACCUGGUUUCAUUAAAUCUACACAGAAAAGUGACAAGGGCAGAGAUGAUCCAGGACAACAGGAAACAGACAGCAGUGAAGAUGAGGAUAUUAUUGGACCAAUGCCUGCAAAAGGACCAGUUAACUAUAACAUAACGACAGAGUUUGAAAAAAGGGCUGAGAGAAUGAAAGAAAAACUGACCAAAGGAGAUGAUGAUUCAUCUAAACCCAUCGUAAGAGAGUCAUGGAUGACUGAACUUCCUCCAGAAAUGAAAGACUUUGGUCUUGGGCCAAGGACUUUUAAGAGAAGAGCUGAUGACACAUCUGGAGAUCGAUCAAUCUGGACAGAUACUCCAGCUGAUAGGGAAAGGAAAGCUAAGGAAACACAAGAAGCAAGGAAGUCAUCCGGUAAGAAAGAUGAAGAACAUAUAUUAUCAGGAAGAGAUAAGAGACUGGCUGAGCAGGUAUCUUCAUACAAUGAAUCAAAAAGAUCAGAAUCUCUUAUGGACAUACAUCAUAAAAAGUUAAAGAGUAAGGCGGCUGAAGACAAAAAUAAGCCUCAAGAGAGAAUACCAUUUGACCGUGAUAAGGAUCUCAAGGUUAAUCGGUUUGAUGAAGCUCAGAAAAAGGCCCUGAUAAAAAAAUCUAGAGAACUAAACACCAGAUUUUCACAUGGCAAAGGCAAUAUGUUUUUAUAAGGGGAUUUCCCUGUGCAAUGAAGAAAAGUUGAAGAAUACUCUUUGUCCAUCUUUAUUUCUUUGUUUUUGGCUUCUUAAGAUUAGAGAUUAUUUUAAUCUUAAAAAACAUACAGAUUUACCUUGUUCUUUGUGUCCUUUUAAGGUCAUGUGGAAACAUAAAAUGAAUGUUUCUUAUAUAGAACAGGAUAUUCUAUGUGCCUUUAGCUUCUGUGGAAGUAUGGGGAAUUAUGGGCUUUUCUUCAAAUAAUUAUUUUAAGAGGCUUCCAUUCCCCCUGAUUUUUGUGGUGUCUCACAAGUACCCUCUAAGGUCUGGUCAGGACUGACUGCCAAAUCUCUACCACAGCCUGGACCUCCUCGUGAAAUAUACCUAACCUGCCCUGGAGUCAGUGUGUCAAGUCCUUCCUGUAAAUCCGUGACUUUGAAAUGUGUUGUUAUUUCCCUUUAAACUGCAGCCAGUGAAUACAAAUUUACUUGAAAAUAGAGGGUAUGGGUUUUGCCUGUUUUGUAAUCAGUUUUCUUGUUUUAGUACUCAGGGCUUUUUAUUUGUUGUUUAAUUUUUUUAAUUGUUUAAUUUUUUUAAUUGUUUUUAAGUCAGAAAGAUCUCUGGGUUAUCUCAUGUGCUAAGGGAAAACUAUUUUGGUUUUUCCAACUUUAAUAGUUAGUAUUACUAGGGGAGGCAAUCAGGACAAGAUAUGCCAUUAACUGUUGGCAGUGUGAAAUCUGUAAGACUCAAUCUCUAUGAUCUCAACCAAAGCUUUCUGAGUCCUGGAACUUUGCUUUGGGACAAUCUGACUUUACUAAUUUAUAUACUGUACUUAACAGUUUGUAGCUAAUAUAUGGGGUCAUAACCUUUUUUUUAGCUAAUUUACGGGGGUCAUAUCAAUCGUGAAUAGCCUUUAAAAAAAAUUAAUAAUUCCUAAAUACAAAAAUGGAAAUGGAAAAUUUAUAAUCAUAACCCUCCUAAUUGGGAGUAUUAUAAGUAAUGCUUUAAGCACUGCCUCUUACGACGGUAAAUUUAUAAGAUGAUAAAUUUUAUUUAAACUAUUAAACUAUUGUUAAAUAAAUGGCAAUUCUAUAAGUUAUAUUUUCUUGCAGAAUAAUCCCAAUUGUUCCACUAGUAUUCUAGUUUUGAUGAGACACAAAUUUUUAUUGUUGUUUAUUUUUGUUUUUUUGAGAGACAGAAUCUUGCUCUGUCACCCAGGCAGAGGUUGUAGUGAGCCAAGAUCGCACCACUGCACUCCAGCCUGGGCAACAAGAGUGAAGCUCCAUCUCUAAAUAAAUAAAUAAAUAAAUAAAUAAAUAAAUAAAUAAAUAGAUGAAUUAUUCUCCUAAGCAAAUUGAAAAACUUUCUUACGUACUCAAAAUUGAACAGAGCUACCUUUUGACUAAAAAUGUCAUUUUUAAUGAGCAGUAUUUUCUGAACACAAAAUUUUGUACAAGAGUAUCUCCAUUGCAUUAAUAUUAUUUGUUAUAAUUUUUUCCCAAUGAAAGGAAAAACUAUUUUCUAGCUCCUCUUCGUUAUGUAAAUUCUUAACAUAUUUUUGAGAAAUUUGUAUUUUUUAAAGUAAAACUGUUAUCUUUGGAUACU